AUGAAAUGGGUGGAAGGUGCAAAAGAAGGUAUUGUGGUCGCUGGAGGACAAGGCGAAGGGAGUGCUCUGACACAAUUGAAGUAUCCUAAUGGAAUCUUCGUUGAUACGUUAGGUACACUCUAUGUAGCUGACAUGGGGAUUAAUCGUGUAAUGCGUUGGACUCAAGGAGGCAAGAAGAAACAAGGCACUGUAAUUGUGGGUGGACAUGGCGAAGGAAAAGGAGCAAAUCAGUUAAGCUACCCCUAUGGUUUGUCUUUCGAUCGACAAGGUAAUCUCUAUGUCGCCGAUGUGAAUAAUAAUCGUGUUCAACGAUUUUCUAUCGAAUAA